UGAUAAAUGAAAUUCACACCCAAAAAGACAACCUGAACACAUUCUAUGCCAUUUACCUCAAUAAUUUUAAAUAAAAAUGAAAUUAAAGCAACAACAACAAAAAAAAGAGUCAAGAGACCCAGGAGGGUUAAAAAAUCUCCCGUAGAGCUCCCCCUCAUCUGGUGACGUUAGGCUCAUUCCCACAAUGCCUAGUAACACGCAUGCGCGGUGCGGCCGCUAUAAAGCUGCUAUCUGUGCUCAGAGAUGGCGGGCGCCUCCGACCCCCUGGAAGAUAUGCUCUUUUCAGAGGUGGAUGAGAAGGCUGUUAGCGACCUGGUGGGCUCUUUGGAGUCUCAGCUGACUGGGCAGAGCAACUCCGCGGGGAAAGCAGACGAAAACGGAGGCGCUGGCUCUGUGGCCCCUGCUAACCAUCACUUAGGAAAAACGCUCCCAGCUCCAGUGAGUACCACAACACUAGAACAACAACAACAACCUGGACGGCGGAAUAAACCUGAGAUGCGCCAGGAGGUGAACUCUAAGGACGCAAGCCCGGAUAAAACUGUCACCUCUCCGUCGCUGAGCUGCUCCUCUUCUUUUGGCGAGCCUCCCAGCACUUCGGCUGGCUGUGUGAACGCCACUAGCAGCGGCAUUCAAUCACAUGGAGCAUCCAUCACACCGCUGACUGCAUCUGGCGUGUCAACUUUGGCAUCCCCGCAGGACAGCAUCAGCACCACAUCCAGUCGGAGCGCCAAGGUGAGCCAGUGCACAGGUGAGGCGCCCGCGGAGGCCAGCGCUCCGAGGAAGCGCGUCGCGACGCCGAGAAGGAGCCCCUCGGCGCGGAUAAAGAGUUUGAACGGCGCAGCGGUGACGACGAGACGGAGCAGCAUCACAGCGGUGACCGACAGCAGCAUCAUCAGCUCCGUGGACCCGGGCGCAACUCCGCCAAACUCCACUCGAUCGGCCAUCAACACUUCCACGUUCACUCUGUCCAACGCAAACCUCCCCGUGGGUCAGUCGGCUAUUCCUCUGGACCGGGGGACUCCCACCAUUGCCUUGCACAGACUCCCGAGUCACAUCGUAGCCAGUAUUGCCCAGAACGGUAACGGGACCAGCGUUUCGGCGCUGGUCCAGCAGGGUGCUCGGAUAGAGCCCGCCACAUCCUCAUCUCCCACGGGAGAUCUCAGCAAGGCGGGCACGGACACCGGAGCUUCCAAAACAGACGACUGUCAGUCCAAUAUUGUAACGCAAAGCCAGGUUGGUAGUGUGAGCUCUGUAAUAAACACUGUACUACCGUCUGCUUCCUGCGCUAUCACACCAGCAACAACCACUACAGCAGCUCCUACUACCACCACCACAGUGACCCAGCCUCUGAGCUCCGCUACAACAGCUGUGUGUGCCACCGCCAUGGCGACCACAUCUGUCUGUGGAACUGUCCAGACCACAGCUGUGACCUCCACCAUGAGCAUGGUCAGGCCCACAGCUCCCUCUCCAACACCUGCCGUGGCCACCCCUGCACUGUCUCAACCCCGUCCAGGGGUCCCAACGCCUCAGAGGAUAGUAGCCCCCCAGCUGAUUGUCAGACCUUCACAACAGCAGACCACCAUUCAGCUUCCCCCUGGCUUUACCAUCCCACAGGGAAUGGUGCUGGUGCGCACCGAAUUGGGCCAGUUGGUGUUGGUUCCUCAGCAGGCUUUGGCCCAAGCCCAGGCUCAAGCCCAGGCCCAGAACAACAUCUCUCCGAGACCUGCUGCUCCAACGACGGGAACGUCCUUCAGAGUAACAACUCCACAGCAGUCUCCUGCAACUUCUCAGACCACAAGGCCGUGCCCUUUGACCCCGGCCAAGAUGGCACCGUCUCCCUCUCCCGCACCUUCCAGCCCUGCCCUCCAGACCUCUUUCUCCUCUACUUCCUCCUCCUCCUCUUGUCCUGCACUCCGCCCUAAGGGCCCCGUGGUGCCGACCGUGGCAGUGACGGCUCCGCAGCAGGCCCCCAUGGCCAUCACCCCCCAGGCCCAGGCCCAGCCUACCUCCCAGCCAGCGGCACAGACGCAGACGAGCGUCGCAGCGGCCCCCGGAGCUCCGGUCGUGUCCCAGGAGAUGCAAGAAAAUGUGAAGAAGUGUAAGAAUUUCCUGGCUACACUUAUCAAGCUGGCGUCUCACAACUCUCCGUCUCCUGAGACUUCCAAGAACGUCAAAGCUCUGGUUCAGGAUCUGCUGGAUGCCAAGAUUGAACCAGAAGAGUUCACCAGCAGGCUGCAGACUGAGCUCAAGUCGUCUCCGCAGCCUUACCUGGUGCCAUUUCUCAAGAAGAGCCUCCCGGCCCUGAGGCUGUCUUUGUUGAACAGUCAGCAGUCCCUGACCCAGCCCCUGCAGCAGGGAGUCAAACCAGCAGCCGGCGGCACCCCUCCUGCCAUGGUAGCUGGGCCAGCUGUCCGCAUACGGCACCCUAACAGCGUCAGCACCACUGCGGGUGCCAGCGUGCUGCCCGCUGGGACUGUCGGACAUGCAGCUGCCAUGGUACGUACAGAGCAGAGCCGUGCUCCGGUGCAGACACAAACACGACAGCCAUGUUCACGAGCACGGGUCCAAUUUAAAUUGAACUGAAGCCCUCAAUGACUCAUGAGAAGAAAACGCUUAUACUGUUGUUUUCUUGACAUCCUGAAUUCAUUAAACGGGUAUGAGAAAAUCCUUUGGAUCACUAC